AUGUCUGAAGAAACCCACGAUGCCGCCGUGCGAGGACCAGUUGCUAUUCAAACAGCUGUUCUGGUGUCUGGGACACUUGGAUGGCUCCUAACCGUCUCAAUGUGCUUCUGUCUGACAGACCUUGAUGGAAUUUUAGCCUCCCCUACCGGUCUUCCCGCAGCUCAGAUCUUCCUCAAUGCUGGUGGCAAACGAGGCGGCACGACCAUGUGGGCAUUUGCCAUUCUGGUCCAAUUAUUCACAGGCUGUUCAGCCAUGCUGGCAGAUACAAGAAUGGCCUUUGCCUUUGCCCGAGACGAUGCGCUUCCAUUUUCAAAGUUCCUUUCCAAAGUCAAUCUUCGCACCCACACCCCUAUAAAUGCAGUGUGGUUCGUGGUUAUCUUCAGCGUAGGUUUGAACUGCAUCGCCAUUGGAUCCACACAAACAGCAACUGCAAUCUUCAACAUAACUGCCCCGGCACUGGACCUGUCUUAUGUGUCUGUCAUUCUCGCCCAUCAGCUCUAUAAAUCGAAAGUCAAAUUCAUCGAGGGCCCCUUUACGCUUGGCAAAUGGGGUACCUAUUUAAACUACAUCGCUGUUGUCUGGGUCUUGUUCAUCAGCACAAUUCUCUUCUUCCCGCCACAGCUUCCUGUGACGCCCGCGAAUAUGAACUACGCCGUCUGUGUUGGCGGCUUCAUUGCCGCUUUUGCUUUGAUGUGGUGGUGGGUUGCAGCUCGAGGAAAAUACACCGGUCCUCAAACCGAUGAUAUCAUACGAGAAGUUCCCACCGAGGAAGAUGGUAACGAUGGUGGCGAUGGCAACGAUUCCGAAGAGUCAGGCGAGAUUGCUGUUUAG